GUGACAUUCAAGGAUGUGUCUGUGGACUUCACCCUCGAGGAGUGGGGACACCUCGGCCCUGCUAGAGGGAGCUCUACAGGGAGGUGAUGCUGGAGAACUACAGGAACCUGGUCUCCCUGGGAGCCGAGUGCCAAAGUGCCAAACCAAAGCUAAUCUCCCAGUUGGAGCAAAGCAGAGAGUCGUGGCUGUUGGAAGAAGAUCCGCAUGGCCUCUGUCCAGGUGGGUGCCCCAAGCCUGAGACUCUGAAUUCAGUGCCUUACCAGGGUGUCUCUGAAAAACCAUCCUCUCGGGAAGAAAGACUUGAAGGUCUCGGGAGAGAUGACUCGUUGUACUUCAGCCUGAGAGACGCAUCAGAGCACAAGGGCCAAGGAGCCCCACGGCAGGAUAACCAGGACCCACCUGUGACACCAGCGCCCGCCAUCCACAAAGAAAUGCCCUCUGGGGAGAGAGGCUACACAUGUAACACAUUCAUUAGACAUCUGGGCCUGAGAAGCCUUGCCACAACACAGAGAGAAGCCCCAUCAGAGGAGACAUCCCUCAAUCAUGACAACAGGGGGAGCUUCCAGCAAAAUUCAGGCACAGUUAAGCUUCAGAGAACCAGUGGAGAGAAAAGACCUUUUAAGUGUACUGAGUGUGAAAGGACCUUUCUUUAUCAAUCGGACCUUAUUAUACACCAGAGAAUUCACACUGGAGAGAAACCCUACAAAUGCAAUGACUGCGGUAAAGCCUUCAGUAAUAGUUCCUACUUUAUUCAGCAUCAUAUAAUUCAUACUGGAGAGAAACCUUACGCAUGUAAUAUAUGUGGGAAAACCUUCAGCCAGAGCUCAUCCCUUACUGAGCAUCAGCGAAUUCACACUGGAGAGAAACCCUAUUCAUGCAAAGAGUGUGGGAAGGCCUUCACCCAGAGCUCAUCCCUUAUUAAGCACCAGCGAUGUCAUACUGGAGAAAAGCCCUUUAAAUGUAAAGAGUGUGGGAAAGCCUAUACCCAGGUUUCACACGUUGCACGACAUAGAAAAAUUCAUACUGGAGAGAGACCCUAUAAAUGUAAUGAAUGUGGGAAAGCCUUUUUUCAUACUGCGUCCCUUACUCAACAUCAGGCAAUUCAUACUGGAGAAAAACCAUAUAAAUGUAACGAAUGUGGGAAAACCUUCAGCCAUAGCUCGUCCCUCACUCAGCACCAGCGAGUUCACACUGGAGAGAAGCCCUAUGAAUGCGGUGACUGUGGCAAGGCCUUCAGCCACAGCUCCUCGCUCACUCAACACCAGCGGAUUCACACCGGUGAGAAACCCUACGGGUGCAAUGAGUGUGGGAAGGCCUACACCCAGAUUUCACAUCUUAUGCGCCAUCAAACCGUUCACAUGGGAGAAAAGCCCUAUAUCUGUAAUGAGUGUGGGAAGGCCUUCAGCCACACUUCGUCCUUCACUCAACAUCUGACAGUUCACACUGGAGAGAAACCCUAUAAGUGUAAUGAAUGUGGGAAGACUUUUAGCCAGAACUCAUCCCUUACACGACAUUUGAGAAUUCACACUGGAGAGAAGCCCUACGUAUGCAAGGACUGUGGGAAGCGUUACACUCAGGUUUCACAUCUAAUUCAGCACAAGAGAAUUCACACUGGAGAGAAACCUUACCGGUGUGGUGAAUGUGGGAAGGCCUUCAGCCGGAGCACACACCUUAAUGAACAUCAGAAGAUUCAUACUGGAGAAAAACCCUAUAAAUGUAAUGAAUGUGGAAAAUCUUUUAGCCACAGCUCAUCUCUUAAUCAACAUCAGAGGAUUCAUACUGGAGAGAAACCUUAUGAAUGUGAUGACUGUGGGAAAACCUUCAGCCAGAGUAUACACCUUAUUCAGCAUCAGAGAAUUCAUACUGGGGAGAAACCCUAUGAAUGUAAUGAAUGUGGAAAGGCCUUCGGUCACCGCUCCAACCUUAUUCGACACCAGAGAAUCCAUACGGGAAACAGACCCUAUGAGUGUAGUGAAUGUGGGAAACUUUUCAGUCACAGCUCAUCCCUUCUCCAGCACCAGACAACCCACACUGGAGAGAAACCUUACAAGUGUGAAGAUUGUGGCAAAGCCUUCAGCCGGAGCGCCUACCUGACCGAACACCAGCGAAUUCAUAUUGGAGAGAAGCCCUAUGAAUGUGGUGCCUGUGGGAAAGCCUUUGGCCGGAGCACAUACCUCGCCCAGCAUCAGAGAGUUCACAUCAGGGAGAAGCCCUACGAAUGUGGGCAGUGUGGGAAAACCUUUAGCCACCCAUCUGCCAUCACCCAACAUCAGAUCAUUCACACGGGAGAGAAACCUUAUGAGUGUGCUGAGUGUGGGAAAGCCUUCAGCCGGAGUGCAUACCUUAGUCAACAUCAGAAAAUCCACAUCGGGGAGAAGCCCUACGAAUGUGGGCAAUGUGGGAAAACCUUCAGCCACCGAUCAGCCAUUGCCCAACACCAGAUCAUUCAUACGGGAGAGAAACCAUAUGAGUGUGGCAUUUGUGGGGAAGCCUUCAGCCGAAGCGCCCACCUCACUCGCCACCAAAGGACUCACACCAGAGAAAGGCCCUAUGAGUGCACCGAGUGUGGGAAGGCCUUCAGUCAUAGCUCCACCCUCAUUCAACAUCAGAUAAUCCACACUGGGGAGAAGCCCUAUGAGUGUAAUGUGUGCGGAGAAGCCUUCAGCCGCAGCUCCCACCUCACUCGCCACCAAAGGACUCACACCAGAGAGAAACCCUAUGAAUGCACUGCGUGUGGGAAGGCCUUCAGUCAUAGCUCCACCCUCAUUGAACACCAGUUCAUUCACACUGGAGAGAAGCCUUAUAAGUGUAAUGAAUGUGGGAAGGCUUUCAGCCGUAGCACUUAUCUUACUCAGCACCAGAGAAUCCACACUGGAGAGAAGCCCUAUGAAUGUCGAGAGUGUGGGAAAGCCUUCCGUCUACGCUCAACCCUUACUCAACAUCAGAUCAUCCACACUGGAGAGAAGCCGUAUGAAUGCAACGAAUGUGGGAAGGCCUUCAGUCAGUUCUCUACCCUCAUUCGGCACCAGCGGACCCAUUCUGGAGAGAAAGCCUAGCACUGUCAUAGAGCCAGAAGAGCUGUGAGCUGAGCAGGAGCCAAGAGUCUUCUGGUCCCCAUCUGCUGUCCAAUCAGUCAGCUGCCUCACACCUCAAUCCCUUUGUCUGCAAAAUGGGAGACAAACUAGAUGAAUACCAAGCAAGCCUUUGGGAUCUCAGGAGAGAGGUGCGAUCUGCGUAUCAUUCGAGGCAAAAAAUCCACAUUUUGGGCAGUGGAGAUGGGCCCUUGUGAAUGUGGAGCCACAGCCUGCUGGCUACUGCAGAUCCAGAAGAUGAGUCUGCUAUCAGUGCACAUAGCCCUGUGCGCUCAUCAGGGGCUGGCUUGUUCUCCCCAUGUGGCAGAUGGGUAAACUGAGACUGAGUCAGGUGCAGAGCCUUGCCGAGGGUCAGUCACACAUUGGUGCUGGGCUUUGCGCCCCCUACAUUCCACCACGUGCUCAAUGAGGGCGUCAUCAUCGGUGACGUGCAGCAGUCUCGUGUGCCCCCAGAGAUCCCGCCAAGUGGUACUGGCGACCGGAAGACCUGCCUUUAUCUAUCACAGGGCCAGUGUGAUGAAAGGAUUCUGCAAAGCUUAACCCAAGGAAGCAGCAGCAGGCGUUAUUGUGCAGUUGUAUGCCAACCACUGCCCGGGGUACCGGGGAUAGAGACAAAAGUGAAGUGGCCUUGCCCUGCGGGGGCUCACAUUCUGCCAGGCUCUGACUGGAGUGGGAUCGUUCUCUGGGUGUGGCCCCUAAGCUCCACCCCCAUUGGACUAAAAGCUCUUUGAGGGAGGGGUUUAGCCCUAAGGCCGGGCAUGCAGUGGGUCCUUAAGGGUUUGCCUGGCUAAAUUUGAUAAAAGAGGACUUUUUGUAGACAGAAGCCACACAGCUCCCAGGUGCCAAGGAGCCCUGGUAGGAGUGGCCUUAGAUCCCCAAAGGCUCUCCAGCCAGGUGAGCCCCUGGCCUGGGUCUUUGGAAGAGAAGGCCACGCAGCGGCCCACACCGUGACUUGCAGGUGGCUGGGCUGUCUGCCCAAUCCUGCCGUUAGCCGAUGGCUUGCUGUCAGAGCCCUGCCUUGCUGGCCAACAAAGAUAGGCCUAGCGUCAGAGGGCCGGCCUCUACGAGGCAUGAAGCCCUAGCUGCUAGGAUGCGGAGGGGUUCCCAUCUGUGGCAAUGAACCACUGACCCCCUAAUAUUGGCAUGUGUUAGAGACAGGCCUCUCACUUUGGGAGGCUCCUUCGAUGAGAUGGCCGCUGAGGUCCCUCCAAGCCCCCCAUCCUGCCUGUCUGUGAUAGAAACCCCUGACACUCCUUCACAGGGGACCUUAAGUCCUUAAAGUCUACACCAGCAGCUCCUUCCCACCAACGGGGGAGGGUUAUAAGCACAGGCCUAGCCAGGACUGCCCUGUGGUCACUCCAGCAGGAAGUAGCAGAUCCUGGAUUCAAACCCAGGUCCUCUGAUUCCCAAAGCAGCCAUCGCCCACUGAACCGGCCCCUCCUCUGACUUCUGCCGCUUCUCGUCCAUCAGUCGUCCCUCCUAUCGUAUGUGUCUCCAUCCUUUGGGAUGCCUGCGAUUUUGAUUCUUCAUCACCAGGAAAACAAUGGUGUUUAAGAGAUGGGUCUCCAAGGCAGGGUCGCAGCCAAGCUCAUUGAGAGCGCACCAUAACUUCCCAAAUGCCAUCCAGCCAACCCUCUUCCUUCUGUUCAGUCCUGGGCUCAGCUCGUUGUCUGUCUGCAGCAUCUGUACCACAUAUGUGUACUGAUGGACCAGCCCAGUGGACCACCCAUUGAACUGCCUGGCACAGUCCAAACUGUAGGCAUUUGGGGUUCCAUUUGGGUUUUCCUGUGGAAAUUGUUAGGCCUGUCACUGUGGCAGUCACUGGGGGUUUCACUGAGGAGGCCCCAUGAUAUUCUGGGGUUUAAUUUGAUGAGCCCAGUGUCAUCCCAGUUAAUUAUACUAUCCAGCAGCAUCCAGUUAGCCCCUGAAGCCCUGGGAUUCCACCCAGGGCCUCCCCAUGGUGGUGGUAAACAGCUGAGUAUACACCUCUGUAUUUGAUACCUUGUGUGAUUUUGAAGUAUGCAUGAGAAACUCCUCAGCAGAAGAGAGCCUUGCAGGCCAUGGUGCUCUGGGAGCCGGUGCUGUUACGUUAUCAACAGGCCAUGUGCACUCCUGCUUUCUACGUCUUCCUCUCCAUUCUGACUGAAGACAUGGCCUGCUCUAGGAAGACCCUGGUAUUUUCGUCAACCGUGCCCUGCGCUCACAUGUCAGUAGGCUUGGGGAUCAGUAGUUAUGGCUGCUUUGGGGAUGGACCCACUCCAGAGAUCUAGAAGUGGCGUUGGCUUCUCUGCUGCUGGGCCAGCAGAGUACACUUGGCCAGUCUGCUCGAAUGACCCCCAGUCAUCUCCUCUAAGGACGGAGAACCUACUGACCAUGGCAGCCCAUGAUGCUGUUUUUUAUAUGACUGAGAAAUAAACAUCUGUUCUCCUCUAAAAGAAAGAAAGAAACAAACAAACAAACAAACAAACAAACAAACAAACAAACAAACCUGAAUGGUGAAUUCACUUUUCCCCAAGAAAUUCAUAUUUUAGAUUUUAGACCAGGAGUUCUUAAUGUGAGGUCUGUAGAUAGAUUUCAGGGAGUCUGUGAAUUUGUGCAGGAAAAAUAAUACAUCCUUAUUUUAAUGUAAUUGCUUUCCUCUAAUGUAAUUGCAAUCCCAUGUAUUUUAUUUUGUGCAUUUCAAAACAGAUUUAGAAAAACGGUUCUGAGGCUUCACCAGAGCAGUUUCCAAAGAGGGCUGUGACCUGAGAAAGGUGAAGAGCAGAGGAAGAGAAGAGAAUGACUAUCUGAGCUGCCACGGGAUCGUAAAGACAUUGUGCAAGUGAGAGAAGGGAGGCCUAACUUUGCUGCUUCCAGUUACACUCACAUUUAGCUGUUGCUUAAUGAUUUACAAAAUGUUUCCCUGACUGCCACCCUAUGGGGUAGAUCAUGGUUAAUAGCCCAUGUCUGCCUUAAGAAAGAGACCCAGCUCAAAUCACACUGAAUGUAACCUUCUCCAGGAUACAGCAAGGCCAGGGGUCCCCUGGGUCUCUGUCCAUGUUCUGAUUUGGGAUGCUUCACAGCACAGGUUAGGAGGUUAGGGUCUCCCCUCCCUCUCACAGAGGGUUUUAUACUCUGAAGCAAGUAAAGGAGCCAGCCCCUGCUGUAACUAUGCCUGUAGCAAAGAAAGUAGAUGAGGAUGCCCCGGCAGGCUGGGACAAGUCAGUCAACCAGCAUGUAUUAAGCCUGCUAUGUGCCAGACACUGAGCUAGCUAGACACUGGAGAUACAAA